AUGCUUGUACGGGAAUCUAAGACGUGGAACUUAGUCACGACGAAAUGGUCAAUUGUAGUCAACUUAUGGGUCAAGGUGAACGAGGCGCGACGCUUAGUUUAUCCAUGGGGAGAAGUCAUCGAUGCUAAUGAUACCCGCAUAGGCUGUCAAUUACAUGCUCGAGGAAUUACUUACCACCCCGAUUCGACAGUAUCAUUCAAAAAGCAUCUGUUUUUAACCGCUAUCAAGCUGAAUCCCGUCAUAUGUUUCUACAACGAUGAUGAGAAUGCUGCCGAUGCUCGCUCUGAAGCAGCAGCCGCCGCCACUGGAACGGGCGACGUUGCCUGA